CGCCCCGCCAUGAGCACCGGUACCAGCUCUCGCUCCCGUGCCCUCGCCCAGCAAAAUAUGUGAGCAGCGUGCUAAGGUUAGUGCAUCAUCUCCUCUCUCUCUCUCUCACUCGUUUCUCCUUCUCCUCUGUGACCAUUGAGCACCUCGAGUCCACGACAAUAGCAAACUUGCGCUCUCUCCGGCGAAGUCUGCACUCACCAGCCGCGCGCGGGAUCCGGAACACCAGCUCAUUUCUGUGACUUUCAACCACCACAUCAUUGGCGGUGUUUUUUCUUUGCGCUUCCGCACCUCAGUGUUGCUCUCCAUCGCUGGCGUCCCAUAGCGCCGUAGCUCCGGAGUUUCCCGCAUCGAACAUCAAAAAGUAUUCCCCUUAUUCACAAUCGACAAUCUCUCUACUUCUGUACGACCCUCACGUAUCUUCACGCCUGGUGCAAUAUCACGACAGAAGCCCCACGAUUUAAUGUUGGCAACUGGCGACUUCACCGUUUUUGUCCGUCCUUUCACUCUCUCAUUUCCAUUUCGUCCAUCAAACGUGGAAAAAAAAGUAUCGCAGCCCGAAACUGAAUGCCCUAGUUGCCUAGGUGGUGCAAUGUUCUCCUUAAGAGCUCUCCAACACCUUUCAAUAUUGAGUGGAGCCUCCUUCCGGUUGUUCAUCCGGGGAAUUCAUGGAGGCAUUAUUGAAGGUGGAAGAGAGGAAGCUAACUCAAUUCAUCCGACUGCAUUGAUUCAUCAGAAUGCAAUUCUUGGAAAGCGUGUUUCUAUUGGUCCUUUCUGUACAGUUGGUCCGGAGGUUCAGAUUGGAAAAGCUUGCCAGUUACACGCUGGGAGCCAUGUAACUGGGAAUACUGUAUUAGGCGACAAUUGCACUGUACUGAGUGGUGCAAUAGUUGGUGCUGAUUUACCAGGCCGAACAAUCAUUGGAUGUAACAAUGUCAUUGGAUAUCAUGCAGUUGUUGGUGUGAAGUGCCAGGAUUUGAAAUACAAGGUUGGGGAUGAAUGCUUCCUAAUUGUUGGUGAUAACAAUGACAUCAGAGAGUUUACAUCGAUUCAUCGAUCUUCUAAAUCAAGUGACAAUACGGUUAUAGGCAACGGCAAUCUUAUCAUGGGUUCCUGUCAUAUUGCACAUGAUUGCAAAGUAGGUAAUAAUAAUAUUUUUGCAAACAAUACUUUGUUCGCAGGCCAUGUUGUAAUUGAGGAUUGCUGUCAUACUGCUGGGGCUAUUGUAGUUCAUCAAUUUUGUCAUAUUGGAUCCUACUCUUUCAUCGGUGGAGGAUCUGUGAUUUCACAAGACGUUCCAAAAUAUAUGAUGGUUUCUGGUGAUAGAGCAGAAAUUCGUGGUUUGAAUCUUGAGGGUCUUCGACGCAAUGGAUUCUCAAGUGAAGAGGUCCAAACAAUCAGAAAAGCAUACAGAAAGAUAUUCAUGAGUAGUGAUACGACCACAGGAUGUUUCGAGGACCGGCUAUCUGAAGUGAACAGAGAACUGUUUGGUGUUUCUGUUGUGUGCUCCAUGGUGAAAUCUAUCAGGGAUUCAUUUAAAGGAACUCGUCGAGGAAUAUGCAAGUUUAGACAUUUAUUCGGCUCUUCGAGGGACUACUACGGCUUCUCUUGAAUCCUUCAUGCUGUAGAAGAACGUUGCAAGGGGUCCCUCGCACAAGGUUUCCGAUUGUAUGUGCUGACAUAUUUCAGAUAUUGUUGUAUCCUUUUUAUAUGUGAAAUUUCAUUAUCUAUCAGUUGAAUACUAUAUAACUUUCUGUAUGAAAAAGAGUCUUGUACUUUCAGGUGAGAUGCUUAGUUGUAUGCUUAUAUAUAUUCUUGCAGGCAUUCAGAGAGUGCAUUGUUAGUAAUCUCAUGAUCAAACUAUGAUCAAAUGGUGUUAUUUUCAGGCUAACUCAACCUGUGCAUUAGGAUAAAUAGUUCCAAAUUCUUCCAUUUAGAUAUGUACAAAAGAUUUGGAAGAAAUUUUAGAUGGUAUUGUGAAAUUGGAGCCUUCAGAAUCUCCCACUAUUGAAAGUCCAGUGGAAAAUAACAUAACGCAAUGAAUUUUAAUCUCGUUACUAGGCCCCCUUGUCCCAUUACUACUAUAAAUGAUGUUGAUGCCAUAGUUUUGAGCAAUUCAAACGAUAGUGUACUGAAUAUUGAAGCUUUAGUGGAUGGAAGUUUCAAAUGUUGUUUAUUUGGAGAGACAGAAAUUUGAAAACAAUUUAUUAUUAUUCUCUAACAUUCAUUAGGCUUCAAGCAAGAAGGCACAAAUGAGUGCUCGUUAUUGUUAUCUUGAUC